AUGUACCUAUGUAAAGGUACUGCUACUAAUUCAACUGUCGAUAAUUUGGACGAACAACUCCCCAGUCUUUCAGAUUUGCAUGAUUUUGAGCCGAAAUUAGAGUUUGACGAUACUGAAUUAACUCAAAAUGUACAAUGUGAUAUUUCAGGCCACACGUCUACUACAGUUAUGAAACUUGAUUUGGAUGAAGAUAUAGAAAAUGAUUUUGGUAUAUCAAACUCGUUGGAAGAUAACGAUUUUGAAGAUCAUUUAAGAACAGAGGGUGGAACUUUUGCCACGAUAAAAACACAGUGUGAUCUUUUGGGAACUGACCGCCAAGGACGUCAUAUUUUUGCUAUAUAUGCAUAUCGCUUUCCAGAGAAGUCUCAAAUGGAAAAAUUUCUAGCAGACAUAAUAAGAGUGAUGGAUCCUUAUGUUGAUAACGAUUACAUUUUAGUGUACUUUCAUCAAGGAAUGAAAGAAGAUAGUAAGCCCUCAGUUCAACUGUUAUGGAAUUCAUAUAAGGAACUAGAUAAAAAAUUUCGAAAAAAUUUAAAAAAUUUGUAUGUUGUGCAUCCAACUUGGUUUAUAAGAAUAGUUUGGAAUUUCUUUCGGCCAUUCAUAAGUGAAAAAUUUCGGAAGAAAUUGAUUUACAUAUCCAGUUUGGACGAGUUGCGUCAAGAAUUAGGGUUAACAAAUGUCAAAUUGCCAGAAAAUAUAUGUGAUAUUGAUGAGCGAAUCAACUCUGGACGAAAAAUAAUUCCAUCAACUUCUUCAACAGAAGUUCUUUACAAAACAAGUCAAUUUGGUGUUGAUUUGAAAUUUAUUAUUGAGAACAGUGCUUGUUUAAAUUAUAUUCCACCAAUAGUAAGAAAGUGUGUGGACUCACUUUCCAUUACAGGUGUCAUCGACACUGAGGGUAUAUUUCGCCGAUCUGGAAACUAUGCAACAAUCAAUCAAUUGAAGCAGAAAGUUAACCGUGGUGAGGAUGUUGAUUUAAAAGAAUUUGAGGUACAUAUUAUAGCUGGUUUAUUGAAAUCAUUUUUGCGUGAUUUAAGGGAGCCGUUAUUGACAUAUGAACUCUACGAAGAAAUCACGAACUUUUUGGAGUUGACAAAAGAAGAAAGAUCACGUUGUGUUAAACAAAUGCUGCGUGAAAAACUACCCGUUGCCAAUUAUGAGUUAUUCAAAUAUUUAAUUGAGUUUUUAGUAAAGGUAAUGGAAUGUAAAGAUUUAAAUAAAAUGACCUCAUCAAAUUUAGCAAUAGUAUUUGGUCCGAAUUUAGUUUGGGCACGUCAUAACCAAAUGUCUUUAGAAGAGAUAACUCCAAUAAAUGCCUUCCUCGAUUUUGUAUUGCAAAAUGCUAAAGAUAUUUAUUUGGUCGACAUUAAUAGAGAACAAAUUCCGAUUGAUUAAAAACGGUACUUUUAAUUCAUUUUCAUAAUAUUUAGUACUAAUCCAAUUAAAAUUUUUCUUUAAAAAAUGUUAUUAUAUAUUAUAUAAAUUUGAAUUUUAAAUUUUAUUUUAUAUUUAAAUUUCUUUAAAGAAUGUAUCACAAUUUAUUUUAUAAUUCCUAACUGAUUUAAGAUUUUAUCAGCAACAAAAUGUUAACAAUAACCUUUGUUUUGGAUUAAUAAACAAAACAAAAGAAAAAAAUUAUUUUAAUAAACCAAUUUGUAUUUUUUAUAGCAGA